AUGGCCACCGCCGGGCGGACAUACAACGUCAGUGGUCACCUAUUUUGCUGGGCACUUCCAACGGGCGCUGGCGCUCGUGCUUCCUCGGCUGCUACUCCGACGUCGGAGAGGAGGAUACUGCCCCGCGGCCGCAACGCUGCAGCUGUCGAUGAUGCCGUCGACGCACUGAACACGCUGCAGACGCCCUUCGCCGUCAUCGAGGCGAGGCGCAAGGCGGGGGUUCGACCUGAUGAAGCUUCGGUCAAGGAGAUGCGCGCAUACCUCGCGCGCCUUGGGUACUCGAUCUCCGACCUCGACAGCCUCAACGUGAUCCACGUCGCCGGCACAAAGGGCAAAGGCAGCACCUGCGCCUUCACCGACUCGAUCCUCGCGCGCCACCGCGCCGCCUCCCCCUCGUCCGUCCCGCACAAGGUCGGCCUGCUCAUCUCGCCGCACCUCAUCGCCGUGCGUGAGCGCAUCCGCAUCAACGGCGCGCCCAUCUCCGAGGCGCUCUUCGCGCGGUACUUCUUCGAGGUCUGGGACCGGCUGGGCGAGAGCAAGGCCGAGGAGGCGGCCGUGGCGCUGGGCACGCGGCCCAUCUACUCGCGGUACCUGACGCUCGUGAGCUUCCACGCAUUCCUGCAGGAGGGGUGCGACGUCGCGAUCCUCGAGACGGGGAUCGGCGGGGAGUACGACGCGACGAACCUCGUCGGGAGACCGUUGGCGACGGGGAUCACGACGCUGGGGAUUGACCACGUCUUUGCGCUCGGAGACACGGUCGGGAAGAUUGCGUGGCACAAGGCUGGAAUCAUGAAGACGGGGAGCAAGGCGUUCACGGUCGAGCAGGUGCCCGAGGCGCAGGCCGUGUUGGAGGAGAGGGCGAGAGAGAAGGGCGUGGAUAUGGAGACUGUGGGCAUUGACCCGCGGCUCAGAAACGUCCAGAUCCGACCAGACGCGGCGUUCCAGAAAAGAAACGCGAGCCUGGCGAUCCGUCUCGCAGAGACGGCGCUGGAGAAGAUUGACCCCGCGGGGUUCCGGCGCGAUGCGGAGAAGUUGCCGCGGGAUUUCGUCGAGGGGCUCGAGACCGUCGUCUGGCGCGGGCGGUGCGAGGUCAAGGACGAGGAACGAGUCGUGUGGCACGUCGACGGGGCGCACACGACGGACAGUCUGCGGAUGGCGGCGCGGUGGUUCGUCGACGAGACGGAAGCCAGGGGCAGAAAGGGGCCCAGGGCGUUGGUAUUCAACCAGCAGGGCCGGACGGAGGCGAUUGACUUCCUCGACGGGGUGUACAACGCCAUCAAGAGGGAGGACGGGAGCGCGUUCGAGACGGUUGUGUUUUGUACAAACGUCACGUAUGCCCAGACGGGGUACAAGCGGGACUUUGUCAACCACCAGUACGACGCCAAGGCCAUCGAGGCCAUGACGGUGCAGAGGCAGUUCGCGGAGCGGUGGUCGAAGCUGGACCCCAAAGCCGACGUGCGUGUCAUCCCGACCAUCGAGGAGGCGCUGAACCACGUCCGCGGCGUGAGCGAGGGCGUCGCUGAAGGCGAGAGCGUGCAGGCCUUUGUGACGGGAAGUCUGCAUCUUGUGGGCGGCGCGCUGGGGAUCUUGGAAGGUGCGGAUGCGCUAUAG